AUGAGUGGAAAGGAAAAGGCCAGCAUAGCAGAGCACCUAGAACGGGGUGUGCCCAUGAAAACCAUCCUAAAACGAAUAAGAACAUCUGUGGCAUCCAAGCUGGGGCCAGUGCACUUGGCAGAGCGCUCAACCCUGCAUAACAUCAAACGGCAGUUUAACAUUGCUGCUCCUGAACGUUGUCACACUAAUUACGCUGUCAGUGUAGACACGUGGGUGCUUGUGAUGAAAGAAAAUGGUGAAACACUUGUCCACCUGUACAAGGCACAAGGUGCAGUGGACCCAAGUGGUACAUUUUCUUCAGCAGACUUUGCUCUUGUUCUGAUGACAGAGCCUCAGAAGGAGCUACUAGAAGAAUUGGGCCCUGCAGGGACUGUACCUCUUGAAUCCACACAUGGAACUACAGGGUACCAGUUUGAGCUGACCACUCUUCUGGUGCUAGAUAAAGUAGGAUCAGGCGUACCUAUAGCUUAUUUCAUCUGCAACCGGAUGAACGAGCAAAUUUUGACAGCAUUCUUCAAAUGUCUGGAGUCGGCCAUGGCCAAAAAAGUGGCCGCUAAGACAUUUAUGUCUGAUGAUGCCUCGCACUUCUACAAAGCAUGGUGCAUGGUCAUGGGUGCUCCAAAACAGAAACUUCUGUGUGUCUGGCCUGUGGAUAAGAAUGUGCGUAAGAAGAUACUCGAGUGUGUAGAGAAACAGCUAAGGCCAGAUGUCUACCAUACUGUGUGGCUACUCUUAGCAUUUCUUGACGGAAAGGAAUUUGAAGAUUAUCUUCAACAAUUCUUUUUUAGUGAGGAAGAAAAACUGAGGGACUUCCUGAAGUACUUCAAAGACCACCAUGCAGUUAGGCCGCAAAAGUGGGCCUACUGCUGA